CUGAAUUAGUGGGGAAGGAGAAACUCCCGCAGACUUGACUCGUGCCCAUCCACAGCCAAACUUUAAAUCUACCGACAACAGCAAUUCUCCGAAAGGACGUCUCCCGAAUUCAAGUUAAUUUAAUUUGUAAUUUGGUAAACGAGAAAAAAGCUACUUUGUUAGGUAAAUGGACACACCAGGAGAAGAUUCUGGCUUUGGGUAUGAAGAUCCACUUAACCUACUGGAAGAGGGAUCGCAUGGUAUUAGUGUAAAUCUCCAACAAAAUCCUGAUGAAUCGGAUGAAGGAAUUGAACUGAAUGCUGGGUUUGGGAUGAACCAGGAAGAGGAUCCCUUAAUGGCUGAUAACUUUGCUGAUAACCUGAAUUUUGUUCAAGAAGGAAUAAUUCCUCCACAUAUCCAAUUGCAAAUGGCUCACGAGCAAUUUAAUCUUCAACAUCAACCGGAUCAGUUUGAAGAGUUGCUUCAACAAGGAAAUUUCGGAUUAGGAGGUAACCUUGUACUUCCAAACAUGAACCAACAACAAGUACAUUUACAACAAGACCCUCCUGGCGAUGACAACAAUAAUGACAGGCCGGAUGAUGUAAACAAUAAUACAACGGAUCCAAAUCUACGUCAACAACAACAGUUAAUUCUAGAGCAGCGACUUCAGCAACAGCAACAAAUAGCACAAUUAGAACAGUUUGAGAAUGAUAAUGGGGAGCAGGAAGAAGUCGUUAACGAUGACAACAAUGAGGUCAAGUUUGACGUUGGCGGACUAGUUGAUGAUAACGACGAGGUGGAAAUUAUAACAAAUGGAACUACUCACGGGAAGAAGGAUAAGCGAAAAAAGAAGAAGAAAAAAAAGAAGAAUCGGGUUUUCCCAACCGAUAUUGUCAAGGAAGAAACAAAUGUAGAAAAUAAUAAGCAAAACGAGAAUAUAAAACCGGACCCAGAUGUCGAAAUAGAAUAUGUGGCGGAAAGAUUAGAGUUGAGCGUAUUUGAUCCCAUGUACCGAGCAUUUGCUAAUGUAUUUGAAAACUUCCGGAUAAGUGACUUUCGAAAAUUGCCAGAUGGGGAGAAAUCAGAAGACCCAAAUUUGAACCUCAAGAAGGUCCCUAAAAUUGACCUAGAAGAGGACGAUGCUGACAAAAAGGACGACGACAAACCCAAGCUAUCAAAAAGGAAGCUCAAAAAGUUGACUCGUUUGUCAGUGGCAGAGUUGAAACAGGUUGUUUCAAGACCGGAUGUCGUAGAAAUGCACGAUGUCACGGCUAAGGAUCCUAAACUGCUAGUUCACUUGAAAGCUUACAGAAAUACGGUCCCAGUGCCAAGGCAUUGGUGUUAUAAACGAAAGUAUUUACAAGGAAAGCGAGGAAUAGAGAAACCACCAUUUGAUCUCCCGUUAUUUAUUAAAAAGACUGGCAUUAUGGAAAUGAGAGCCGCAUUAGCUGAGAAGGAAGAUCAAAAGUCUCUCAAAGCUAAAAUGAGAGAAAGAGUGCGUCCUAAAAUGGGAAAAAUUGACAUUGAUUAUCAGAAAUUGCAUGACGCGUUCUUCAAAUGGCAAACAAAGCCAAAAAUGACUAUUCAUGGUGAUUUGUAUUAUGAGGGAAAAGAGUUUGAAACAAGAAUGAAGGACAAAAAGCCAGGAGACCUUUCGGAUGACUUGAGGACUUCGCUUGGAAUGCCGAUUGGUCCUAAUGCAAAUAGGGUCCCUCCCCCAUGGUUAAUAGCUAUGCAGAGAUACGGCCCUCCACCUUCUUAUCCUCAUUUGAAAAUUCCUGGACUAAAUGCACCAAUCCCUGACAGUUGUAGUUUUGGAUAUCAUGCAGGUGGGUGGGGAAAACCUCCAGUUGAUGAAUUUGGUCGUCCACUGUAUGGAGACGUUUUUGGAAUUAUGACUGGAGACGCUUCGGGUGCUGCUGAAGAGGAGUACGUUGAUAAAACCCUUUGGGGCGAAUUAGAAUCGGAAGAAGAAGAAGAGUCAAGUGAAGAGGAAGAAGAAGACGAAAAGGACGAAGAUGAUGAGAAAGAAGCACCUGACGAAAGUGGAUUGCAGACACCAGCUGAAGGGCUUCAGACGCCUUCAGGAUUCUCUAGUGUCCCUGCAGGCCUCGAGACACCAGAGUCUAUUGAACUGAGAAAACGCAGAAUAGAACAGGACAUGGAAGGUGGAGAUACUCCAGCAGCCUUAUAUACAGUACUUCCAGAAAAGCGAGUGGAUAGGAUUGCGGGAGCUAUGAUGCCUUCAACCCACGUUUACGAUGUUAUAGGCGCGGCAAAGGAAAAAGCUAAGCCAUUCGGCGUUAAAGAUUCCAGCGCAGUGGAAUUGGCAUUGGACCCAUCUGAGUUGGAUUUGGUAGAUACUGCGGCAAUGGAAGCACGUUAUGAGCAAACCCUUAAAGAGAAGCAAUCGUAUGGCCAUGGCGAAGACUUAUCCGAUAUGGUGGCCGAGCAUACUGCAAAACAGAAGAAUAAGCGAAAACGUCAAAUGCAGCAACAAGAUGUUAAGAAAGGAGCAAAGAAGCAAAAAGAAUUUAAAUUUUGAAACCAAAAUAAAGUUACAAAAUUCGGCGGGGUAUUUAAAUAUCGUUUCGAAUUUGCAUGUACAUAUACCGUUCAUGAGUUAAGUUGUUAAUGUACAUAUAUUGUCUUAAAAUUAAACGUGUUGAUUUCAUAACUUUUUAUAACGUAUCACAACUUCAUAAAAACUAUGUUUGUCAUUUUAUUAUCAUCAUUUGUAAUUCAUUAUGAGUAUAAUAAAUGUUGACUUCAAUACGGAA